GCAUUUGCAAAGUUUAUAAGUUGUAACGUUUCAAGAGAAGCUUUCGAGUCUCUGCGUUAACUUUUUAAUUUAAUUUAAUAUUUUAAUACAGAAUUCCAAAGAGCUUCUAAAUCUAUAACUCGUUGCAUGUUGUCGAUUCAUAAUGUCUUUUUCAAGUGACAUAAUAAUCAGUACUUUUUUCGUGUUUAUAUUGUUGUAUCUUCUGAUAAACAAGCUAGCAAAAACACCACGUCAUGUUUGCGUUGUAGUUCUCGGAGACAUAGGCCGCAGUCCUCGUAUGCAGUAUCAUGCACUAAGCUUUGCCGAGGAAGGAUUCCGAGUUUAUUUAGUUGGUUAUAAAGGCUCAACGCCUCAUGAAAAGGUUCUUCAGAAUGAGAACAUCCAAAUUUAUCAUGUUGCUGAACACCCAGCAUUUAUUUCACGUAUCCCUAAGAUUUUUGGAUACUUCGUGAAAGCUGUUUGGCAAACAAUAUCACUUGGCUGGACUCUUCUUUUGCUCCCAAAUUUGGGAUCGAUUCUUAUACAGAAUCCACCAUCAAUACCAACCAUGGCGGUCUCAUAUGUUAUCAGUCAUGUAAGGUUCUGUACUUUAGUUAUUGACUGGCACAACUAUGGAUACACUAUACUUUCUAUGAGUCUCAGACAAGGGCAUCCGUUUGUUAAAUUUGCCAAAUGGUAUGAAAAAAUCUGUGGUCGUCUUUCCUCAUACAAUCUUUGUGUCACAGAUGCUAUGCUGGAAGAUUUGAAAACAAACUGGAAUAUAAGUGCUAUCAGUGUACAUGAUCGACCAAGUGAAAUUUUCCAGUCUAUCACCAUUGAACAACAACAUGAUCUUUUCUCCAGGCUAAGCAAAAAUUAUCCAUUGUUUGCGAGCAAGGACAGCACAACUUCCACCAGAUUCACCACGAUAGAUAAGGAUAAUAAAAUAUGUAAAGCGAGUGAUCGACCAGCACUGCUAGUCAGUAGCACAAGUUGGACUGAGGAUGAGGAUUUUGGUAUUCUUUUAGAAGCUUUAACAGAAUAUGAUAGUUCUGACCUUGAGGCUUCCUAUUUUCCAAAUAUAGUUUGUGUAAUAACAGGGAAAGGUCCCCAGAAAGAAAUGUACAGUAAAAAGAUUGAGGAGAGAAGCUGGAACAGGGUACAGUUUUGUUUGCCAUGGCUUGCUGCUGAAGAUUAUCCAUUGAUGCUAGGUUCUGCUGAUAUUGGGGUGUGUCUCCAUAAGUCAUCAAGUGGUCUUGACCUCCCGAUGAAAGUGGUGGACAUGUUUGGCUGUGGCUUGCCAGUUUGUGCUCUCAAUUUUGCAUGCAUUGGAGAGCUGGUUCAACAUCACAAAAAUGGUCUUAUCUUCAACGACAGUGAUGAGUUGUUCAUUCAGCUAAUGAUGUUGCUUAGAGGAUUUCUAAAAGAACACAGUAUGUUAUCAAACUUAAGAAAAAAUUUGGUGCAGUUUCAAGAACACAGAUGGCAUAAUCAGUGGAAGCAACUGGUGUUACCAAUUUUUAAUGAAAUAGCUGGUGUGAGAAAUACUACAUUUAAUAUUCCUCAGAAGUUUGGUAACUGGUCAUCAGAUCAGAGGGAGGAACAGGAUACAAAAAAAAGUAACUGAAGUAAUAAUGUUUGGUGCUGCACAACUGCUGGCUUACUAAAUUUUCUUCUACUGGUGAUAAUUGUUGGUUUAGUCCAGGAAAUCAGGAAAUCAGGAUACAAAUAUUUAUGUUAUCUAAAAGAUUUCUGAAAAACCAAGCUUGCAGUUUAAAUAGCAGCUUAUUGAGGCUGAGUUUUUAUUUAGUUGGUGAUGAGGUUUGUUUUAUUUAGUCACAUUGACUGCUUUCCUGUUGAAAUCAAUCCUUAGCUCAGCCUUAAACAAGAUUAUUAAAAUAAAGAAUAUCUAUGUGUGUUGUUUUAAUCAUUCAUACUUUCGCUUAUUGUCAUAGU